UUUUUGUUAAAGAAAACAAAAUUUGACUAAAAUGUUCUCAUAUUGGGGAAAUAGAACCAAAACCCAAGAAAAUGAAGACGCCAAUAUGAAUCAUAGCCAAAGCUACAAACACAAUUUAGGUAAAAAUACUAAUUAUAUUACUACGAAAUCCCUUAUUAAGGAAGAAAAUAGUGAACCACAGUCAACUUCUGCCCCACAGGCAGCAGUGCAAUUCGACGAAACCGAAAAGUCAGCAUGGCUCACAACUUUAACUAGCAAUGUUCAACCCCACUCACAGAUAGUUCACGGCGACAGCAACAAUAGCCAAAAUAGUUCUUCUUGUGGAAACACUAUGUCACCUAAAACUUUAUAUGAGUCAUCCCGAAAUAAUUCGACAGAGUUUCAGGACUUUUUACAGCGGAUACAAACUCUGAAAAUGUCUACCACAAAUGUUACUACUGAUUUGAAAAUAGGCGAUCAGUUACAACCUAAGCAAGCCCUUGGUUCAAAAGUAACUGAACAAAUACAACAAAGAGAGUAUAUAAGCAAAGUUGAUCCCUUGCUGGAAAUCGAAGUUGGUAUUGAACCUGCCGCCUUAAUGGAUUGCGAUGAAGGCAGCAAUGAAAUAGCACAAAUUGGUUCGCGAAUAGAACAAUCCUUGCAGCAAGGGCAACAAUCUUUUUCUCCAAACUCUUACUCAUCACAGAAUGUUAGUUCUAAUAACAACACCAUUGAAUCUGAUUGUAACAUUAGAGUAACUGUAGGCAUCGACAAAGACUUAGAAAUGAUAUUGGAAAUGGAUCCGAGCAUAGUAGACUUGGGUGAUAUUGCAGUCACGGAGCCGGUUGAGCCAAGGGUUGUUGGCCUACCGCCGUCAACAGGCGGUCCUACAUUCAAGACAACUGUUCCAAAAUCUCGGACACAACUCAAGCAGCAGUUGCAACGUGAACAGCAACAGCAAGAGUUGGAGCGACGCGAAGCAGAGAAAAGAGCCGCUGCAGCAGCUGAGGCUGCUGCACUACAACAGCAAGUUGAGUCUUAUAUAACACAACAGAUUCCUAGCCCACACCAAAGCCAGCCGUUACAUUCAACAACAUCAAAUACCCAACAUAUGAUGGGUCAUAGUAAUAAUACGGGCAUUGGUUAUAGGCCAGCAUCCAACAGUUUCGGAACGAAUUUCAACGAUGUGCAAAUGAAUCAACAAAACUAUAUAACCCACCCACCAUCAGUUACAUCAUCCGGUACUAGUUCUAGUCCAGUUAUGUUAAAAGGACCCCUCCAAAGUAUUGGCGUAGAUGUGCCAAAACAGGUUUUACAGGUGCGGACAGUAUUGGAAAAUCCUACACGUUAUCAUGUCAUACAAAAACAAAAAAAUCAAGUACGCCAGUAUCUAAGUGAGUCUUUCAAGAAUGAAUGGGAGAACAAAACUUCAUUGAACUCACCAAUCAUAUCGAAUGUAAAUCGGGAUCCAAAUCAGGCGAACAAUUAUUCGGGUUUCGCAGAUAUCGGCGGUGGAGGAGAACUGAACACUGCACAUUCACCUCAGUUGCGACUGACCCCCAGUGCUGCAACGUCAAUGCUAGAUGAUCCCAUGCAACUAUCGCCCUCUCCAUAUGGUGUAGAUGGUGGAGGUAGCAAUGCAGCAACUGGUGGUAGUUGCCCGUUCUUUCUUCCAAAUGACCAAAAUUCAGUCAAAAGUUUUGGAACCGACAGCGCUUAUAAAAACUCAGUUGGCGGCAAUUCCUCAAGUUUGACGGGCGGAAAAAGUUGUCUCCAAAGUGGUCGUUCAUCAGGGCCCACAAACUCACUAAGGACAGUAAAUUGCUCCAACGUAUCUACAGCCAGUCCGGUCCAAUCAGCACCAAUGUCACCGUUAAGUUCUGUGGCAACAAGUGCAUCCGAAGUGAGUACCAAUGUUGAUAUGUAUGUUUUUGUAAUCCUGGGACGUUCUAUGUCAAACGUACCAAAGCUCUGCCCAAAUUUCUAUGGAAUAGAAAUUAACGUAAAGCAUGUCAAAAGGCUCGAUAAUUUAUAAUACAUCAAAUUAGACGUGGCAGAACUGAAAAUUCAGUAUUACGUAAAUGAUGCGACUCUUAGGAAACGUCAUGUCCGUAAACGCGUAAAUAAAUUUGUCAUUCAGUUUGUUGUUGUUUCUAAUGUUUUCAGGGUCGCUGAAUACCAAUGUACCA